CUCGUUUUCAUUACAGUCUGAGCAAAACAGCAUUAACAAAAAACGUUCAUUAAGACAACCAGAAACCUCAUGUUGAAAGCAGAAUUCUAAAAGGUUUGGUAUUCUCAUCUAGGAACAGGGUUCAGCAUCUUACAAUGGAGCCGCCUCCACAGAACAAGCUAGAUUACUGCAAAUCCCAAGCGUUGGAUAAAGGUUCUGACAAUAGGGAGGAGCUAGAACUCAAGGCAGCAGUAGAAAGUAUCAUGGGCAAGAUACCUAAAGGAUACUUCAUUGGUCUUUCGAAAGAGCACGCAUGGGUGAUCUGCUGCAUAUUGAGACAUCUUUUUGGGAAAGAGCAUAUGCAUAGUCGAAAGCAGUUUGUACUUGAUCUCGGAUCCGGAAAGGGAUACAUAGAUCGAAUACUGUCUAGUGUCUACCAAAUUGGAGUUUUCUGCGUGGAGGCAGAAAAGGACCGGCUCAAAUCUAGCACUCGCUUGCAGAGGCUGUUGAACGAUGACAAAACUGCAUCGUGUGACACCCCUUUCAAUUGCAAGAGGGACUUGCCCCUAAUGAAAACCUGUCAGCGCACGCUUGUUACGGAGAAUGAUUUCAUGCUAGUCUGGAAAAAGAGCCUCUCUUAUUUCCGGCAGCUAGGCUCACCGGCGAUUGAAAUUGUCGUUUUGGCACUCAAGGUGUGCGGAGACAUGCUUUACAAUGUCGUAGACUGGGUCCUUGCAAACUGGGAACUAAUCAAAGUCACCGCUCCGACCGAGUGCCGGAACUUGAGAGUAAUCAUUGUGCCUUGCUGUUUACACAAAAGUACCCGGCUUCGGUUUCCGUCGGCGGUUACCGGAUCCGCCCAUCAGCUUCGGCUGCAGCAGCGGGAGCUUCUCGGAUGGGUCCGAAAACAAUUGGCAGAUACGUCUAGAACUCCUCCUACUGCAUUCGUAGAGGCCAUAAACUGCCCCGCCCCGUCAAGCUACUUCGGCAUAGAAAUGAAUCUUCCGUUUCCGACAGAAAUGGAAGAGCGAGCGUGUUUAAGGUAAACAAACUUUCGCUAUUGUUCUCGACACUAUACCCGGGUAUUGCUCGGUUUUUUUUUUUCAGAGAUAAUAUAUGGGGAGUAUGGGCGGGCAUCGUUGUUUAUGUCUCUUAUCGACAUGAAGCCCAUUCUUCCUCAUUUUGUUCACCUCAAUUCUUUCCAGUUCUGCUACCUUCAUUUUGACAGCAGCCAAUAGUUAUAUCGCUUCGGUUGUUGUUUGCUUGUCUCAAUAGUUCUAUCCUACAUCGUCAUCCGGUAUGCUUUCUUUCACUACAUUGUUGUUGACGGCAUCGGCGCUUGUGUCUGCUCAAUCUGCUCUUAAUGAGUCUCAGAUAAUCUACAGUCCUUCUGAAGGAACCUGUCCGCUAGUGAA